GUGACGGGCAUUAUUUUAAGAUCAUUGAGGGUGGUGUGUUUUUUUUUUUCUCGGUUAAGACUGCAGAGACUUUUGGGUUUUUGUUUGAGGUAGUAUAUCCGUGAGGCUUAUUGGUGCGGUUAGCAUAUUUGGUGUUGGACUGUUGUGGGUUCCUUGGAUAUUGAUAUUAUAUUAAGUACACCAGCAAGUGUAUAGAUCUUUAUUCCCUAUCCAGCCAUGUCAGACGGGGACAACAGAAGUGCGAAUUUGUUGGCUUCUGAAACUGCACACCUUGAAGAGCAGUUGCAGGGAUGGGGAGAAGUAAUUCUUGCUGCAGACAGAGUGCUCCGUUGGGAGAGACACUUGUUUCCAGCUGCAACCAUUGGUGCAGUGUCUUUCAUUUUUCUGAUGAUUUAUUAUUUGGAUCCGUCUGUCCUGACUGGUUUGUCUUGCUUUGUCAUGAUUAUCUGCCUGGCUGAUUAUCUCAUACCAACCCUUGCUCCAAGAAUAUUUGGCUCUAACAAAUGGACUACUGAGCAGCAGCAACGCUUCCAUGAAAUCUGUGGCAAUCUGGUAAGGACUCAGAGAAGAAUAGUUGGGUGGUGGAGGCGUAUCUUCGCUUUGAAGGAGGAAAAACCCAAAGUGUACUUUCUGACCAUGAUCUGCAUACUAGCAUUGGUAGCAUGGAUUGGACAACAAGUUCACAAUCUCUUCCUCACCUACUUGAUUGUGAGCUUCCUCCUUUUGCUUCCUGGUUUGAACCAGCAUGGCAUCAUCACAAAAUAUGUUGGUAUGAUCAAGAAAGAGAUCCAGAAGCUCCUUAAGCAGAAAGAGAAGAAGAAUGAGUGAAGUAUUGCAGCUUCAAAAUCUGCAGUGCUGAGUAUUCUAUCAAGUAGUGCAGCUGUCCUCUCGCUUCAUAUUCAUGGAGAAGAUUCCACGUCUUUGUUUUGGGAAUUUUGUUCUGCUGUUUAGUAUUAAUUAAUUAUUUUUCUCACAGGGUAAUGUUCAUGAAGUCUCUCAUUAUUUUCUAAUUAGAGUGAACCACCUCCCCCCAUCCCUUAAUUGCCUGCUUUCUCUGCAUCAAAGAGUCUUUUGAAAUUAAUGCUUCUUUAGGAAGUAGGCUGCAUUAGUAUUCCUGAACAGGAGUCCUAGAAGUAAGUCAUUGUUCUCUGCGAUGGUGAAAUCCCUUUCACAUCCCACUUCUUGUCUCAGUACAUAUCUGCAGGUAUUUGGAGGCAGGGUACUGCCAUUUUUGGACUCCUAUUACAUUGAGAUCACCUCCAUCCCUUCUGAAUGUUAUAGGCUCUGAAGAAUUGCACUUGCAAACCUUUGCUUUAAGAUCAUUUUCAUUGGUACUUUGAGUAAGUUUACUUCUUCAGCUCCUCACUUCAGAACAUGAACCUGAUAAUCAGCUUGGUCUUAGUAAACCUCAGCUGUUUUUCAUCUCUAGUUUGACUGUUUUGGUUGCGGAUAUACUGUUUUCUGUGUUUAGUAUUUUUUUUAAUUCAGUUUAAGUAAAAAAAAAAAAAUGUAUUUAAAAUGUUGCACUGAAACCAGAGGGAAGUUUUGUCAGUAGUGGAUUUGCAGCAGAUAAAUAGAUCAGCUUUAGCAGAAAUUCUGAUGUGCUCUUUUGGUUAAAAAACGUAUUCACACUUUAAAAGUUUUCAUUUUGAAGGAAUGCAAUGAUUCAAUGUUUAAGCAGAGCUUACAUAAGCUCUUAAUUUUGUUCAUGAUUUGUAUUCUUUCAGCUUUCAGAUACAUUCUGAUGUCCUCCGUGCUUUCCUCAAGUUUGUUCCUUGGUGAGAUGUAGUAGGCAGUUUUUGGUCUUUCUUGAAGUUAGAAAUAUUGUGUGUGGAUAGGGAUGGCUAGAUGCUAUUGCUGAGGAUUUUCGAAGACAUUAGUAUUUUUACUAUAAAUUAUUAGUCUGCCUAGAGAUGCUGCAUAUGGACUCAUUUUAACGUGAAUUUCCAUGCAUGCAACUAAGGUGUUUUACUUGUCGUUGGUGUGUUCUGCUUUUGGGUGCUUUGGUUGGAAAUUCCCAUUCUUGAGAAAAGGAAAUGCAUUUUUAAUGAAAGCCACUAAAAGCCUUUAUUUCUAGAUACAAUGUUUCUGGUGUUUAGGUGUGAUGCUUUUUUUUUUCUCAUAAGUGCUUCUAUGACUAACCUAACUUGCCCAGGCAAGAACAAUGAUGUCCAGUGCCAGUGGUAUGGGCCAGCCAUGAAGGCUAUCAGUCUUCAAGGUGUGCAUUGCUUUGUCUGGCUGAGUGAGGUUUCAUUUUUGUAUGGUUGUAUUUGAAAGGGCAUCUGUUGUGAUAUUUUUGUUAAGCCUUCACCUGCAUAUGCUGAGCCUACUGGUUUAGGGAAAAGAGGGUAGCUGGGGAUUGGGGAUAGUCAUCAGGUGUAGAGAUUUUUUUUUUAUUGACCUGUGCUUUCUGAAUAGCACUUCAGCCUAUUAAACUUUGAGAUAUUGAUUAAAGGAAUGGCUCUAAAAUUCUACUUUGGAAUGUGAAGACAUUUUUGAGGAAGAAAAGGAAGUAGUGAAAGUCCCGUUCUGUCUAGCUUUGGAAAGGUAACUGUUAAGACUAAAUUGGAUACAGCAAAAGUUGUCUAGAACUAGUCUUUUGACACUUUGACUAUGAAGGGACCAAAAUAGGUAACUGAGGAAUGGAAAACUUUUUUUUUUCUCACCUUGGUCAGUGUUGGGCCAGAACAUAAUCGUUAAGUGUUCAGAAACUGUCUAGAACUAGGAUCUCCAGAGAAAACUUGAACCGUAAAUAAUUUUGUUAAAUAGAUGGCAGAAUGAGAUUGUGUUUGGCUGCAAAACCAGUUGUGGCUGGUUCUUGCAGAUAUUGGAAGAGCGGUAUCCUUUUUACGAUAGUGGCAAACCUGGCAGUUGUAUGCCAGAAUAUGAACAAACAUUAAACCAUUUUGUAGCUGUUUUGCAACUAUAAAGGAUAUGUUGUAACACUGACUUUCUAAAAAGGGUUCUGUAAUCCUAGUUUUGUCACCAUGAUUGAAACCAGUGUCACUGCUGUGGUCAGAAUAGGUAGGAUGAGUCUCUGCUUAAGUACCAAUUUUAGAAGGUCUGUCCAGCUAAGAAAAUACUUUCUUAAACAGUUUGGUACUCACAGAAGUGAUGGGGAAUUCAUGAGUUGCAUAUUUUGGCACAUGGCACCUUACUGCUUGCUGAAGGUUGUUACUGUGAAAUUCUGCUGUAGCAGGGAGACCACACUGUAGCACCCACAUUUUCAUUCCUUUCUUUUGAUCUAUUUUGAAGUGUUACAUUUACUUUAAAUGUUUGUUUUUGUAAAUGUUGUCUUUUAUAUUUGUAUAAUGUGUGAAUAUUUGUUUGUUGUACAUUUUCUAAUCGCUUACAUCUUAAAAAUAAAGUUUAUCAACACAA